CGUGCGGUUGCAUGUGGUCAGGAUACUGUGCGGCAGGCUAAUGCCGCUAGGCACGCCGCGCGUGAGAUGGCCGAAGUCAUGUCGGGAGAGAACUCUGUGAGCGAGCUGGCGGAAUCGCGAAGUCCGUCGUCCACAGCGCCAUCGUCAUCGUCGUCCCCCUGCUCCCCGGACCUCCCCAGCUGCCGCCUGAUCACGACCGUCCCCGCCGAGAUCGCCAAUGGGGGAAAACCGUCCGAGCAACCGCUGGUCGUUCUUGGUGGCAAGGCUUCCUGCCGGCGGAAAUUCGUUAUAAACGUGCAUUUGGUGGACGAAGAUGGGUGCCUAGUGAAUGCGGACAUGAACAUCGUCGCUUCGGUGGCGUAUGCGCACGACAAAGCUCCGGUUAUACGAUAUGACAAGCCCCCUCUCGCUGAGCCCCCCCUUUUCACCACCUUCAAUGGGGUGGAGUUCCCCGCAGUCGAACGGCCCACGAGAAUGAUCGCUGGUCGAGCCUCCUUUAAGUUAGCGAUCUCCUUGUUGUCUUCUAAAUGCGAUAACCGCCUCUUUUGUAUCUGCUUUACUCCGCAGCCGUCCGCCGACAGAGAGGGGGCUCCUAUCUGCGCGCCUACGUACUCUAAGCCGAUCAGGAGUAUAUCGAGGAAAAGGAGUAGAUCAGGCUCCGCCUGCGCCACCGCAGGCGGCGGCGCUGGGGGCGGAGGAGGCGCCAGGUUGGCACUGUGCAAUGGAACGUCCAGCGGGGCCAGCCCCUUCGGUAACAUCACUGCCACAGCUCUGCCUUUGCCUGCUCCUCCGGAGUCCCGCGUAUUCAGCUCUCACACAACAGCAGGCUCCCCAGCCAGCGCCAUUCCCAGCUCUCCUGACGCUCCUCUUGCUCCAGGUGCCGCUGCUACUGCUCCUGCUGCUGCUGCUGCCUGCCAGGGCCUCACACCGGGGCCGACGGCCCGUCAUCCUUUCCAUAGCGUGUGCGAAAAGACCCUCAGUCAGCACCAGCAUCAGCUUGAUCAUCAUCACAGUCGUUGCCAAGAGUACUCAGCCGAUAAACAUGCCGCCUUACGACAGCAACAGGUCCCCCGACACUAUGGCAUUGGCAUUGGUAAUGGUAACGGUAAUGGUGAGCUUCAAGGUAACCUCUCUACGCAGCUGCAGAGGCAGCUCACGUUGGGAUUGAUCAGCAAUGGUGGAGGGGAAGUGGGAGGACGAGACCGAGGGCUGAACAACUUCGCCGUGGGCGGUCAUCAGGAAACGGUUCGUAGGUUUCAUCAGGCCGCAGCAGGCGAAGCCGCAGCAAGUGGAGGAGUAGGAGGAGGGGAAGGGUUGGACAUGGCUGCGAGCCGCGCCCCUAGAGGUUAUGGUGCAGCAGCGGCUUCUUCCUGCCGGCCACGCAGUGACAGUAGCAUGACAAUGAAGAGGGAGAGCAGCGGUGGGUGGUGCGCUGAUGAUCUUCCGCAAUUGGCGACGCCAGAAGCUAGCACGAGCGAAGGGGAGGAGGAAACGACGAGGUUGAAUUUGUUUACGGGUGCACGUCGAGGAGAGAGUGUGCGACAAGCGCAGCAAUACCCCACGGAAGCGACGAAGGUGCGAAGCGGACCUCCGGCGGGUCUUCCGCGGCUGCACAGUUCGGUUGUGUCAUCACCGGCCAGUUAUGUGUCACGCCUUCAUUGCUUAGCGGCGGCGGCUUCCGCUGCUGUGUCGGGCUCUUGCCCUCCUUCAGGACCAGCCGCGGGGACGUCAGGCGCGGAGCUCUCAUCGUCGUCUCGGAAGCACCUGCUGAGCGCCGUGGCGGGAUUGCCCCACCCGGGGCAGUGGACAAAGGACGAUGCGGGGCUGGCUUCCGCUUCCGCUUCCGCUCCCAUGCCUCCAGCUGUUAGCAUGCGAGAGAUGAUCGUGGGGAGUGGAGGCAGCGGGGCUGAGGCUGGUAGUGCGAGGAAGACUCUGGAGCCUGCGCAGCUGAAGAACGAUGCAUGCACAGCGUCCCAUGUUUCUGACCGUCACGACGAUGGAGGAGAGAGAGGGGAGCUGGGGGAUGAUAGGUCUGUAUCGCCGCCGCCGGUAUCAAUUGUUCGACCGCAACCGCACGUUGCGGUGAACGCUCAUCUCGUGGCUGCCUUGACGGCCUCCCUGCGCCCAGUCGCGUCCAACGUGUCGGAAGGUCAAGACUGUCCCAAUCACGAAGGAGGGCCGACGACGGCUGGUAACAGCAGUGCGAGCGUAGAUUGGUCGGUGAGAAGGAAGCGGGGCAGUGAGAUUGGCAAUGACGAUCCGAGGCGCCGCGCUCGAUACACAUUGGAGAAGGAAGCGCAAGGGGUUCCAGCGCCGUCUGCUUCCACGGGCGGCAACGAGGGAGGAGCGGAAAUAGCAGCAGCAGCUGCUGUGCUUGCUGAUCGCCCCAAUGACGGCUCAGAACGAGAUGAUCGCCCCCGCUCUGCAGCUCAGCAGCAGGCGGACUGCUGCAGAUCCUCGUCGGGCGACAGUUUGACCUCGCACUCUACCCAUCCAAUCGGAGUUGCGGGCGGAGAUGGGGGGAGCACCAGCGGCAGAAGAGGGGAGUCUUGCGCUGGCACCGCGGCCGCUGCCUGCAAUCCAACCGUUAACUGCAGCGCAUUCUCGCCGCCCACCUCCCUCUCCUUGCUCUCCCGUCCGACUAUGUCGUUACCUAGUCCACCGCAUCAAAUGAUGUGUUGGAGCGCAGAUAGUGACGAUUCAAAUCUACCAGCAAAGAAGAGAAAAAUUUCCCCUUCCUCCUGUAUGGUAGAUCUACUCUCGCCCGACACCCCGUUGAUGAUGCAGUCAACUAUAUCUUCUUCCCAGAAAGGCGGCGGAUCGGGAGAUCUUCUUUCCCUGUCGUCCUUCUUGCAGCCUUCUGACGGUCUGUUUCUCGGACUCCUCACGCAUUCGCAUUCUGAAGGCCGGCUAGGCGCCAAUCGUGCUUGGAACGCUGGACUGAGAGGCGAAGGAACAGCAGGUGUAGGGCAGUGUGGAGUGGCUAACGAGAGCGCAGAUUUGGGCAGACUGUGUUGUGCUUCUGGCGAAUGCAACGUUGACAAGCCUCCUGUUACCAGCUCCCUGAUCGAUCAGAUUCUCGAGGAGGAGGAGAGAUGCUUGCAGCUGUUCGAGAACAGUGUACAGCUGGCAGAGAGAGAGCUCGAGCGUCGAAAGGACGAACUUAGGAUGAAGAGAAUGAGGUACAUGGAGGACGAAGCGCGAGUGCGUGCGUUCUUCUUGCAAUCGCAUCCCUCCUCCUGGACAGCAGAUUCUGUCGGUGCUAAUCAUCGUGGCCGUGGGUCGUGCACCAACGCCUUCUCUGCGGGGUCGAAUCUCAGGACUUCUUGAUGGAGACAAGAAAGAAGCCUUUCUCCCUUACUAUCCACAAAUGCGCGAACCGCAGUGCGCGAAAGAGAGCGAAUGUCUAGUUUCUGUUCGUGAUUAGUUGAGUAGGAUUGUGAAAAGUAGUCUUUGCCGAGGCGAAAUUAUGCGUAAUGAAAACGGCCACCUCAA